AACAAUAACGUUACGAUAACAUUAAUUUAAUCCAAAUACGAUAUGUUUUAGAAAAGCGAAAUGUAUUUUAAACUACUCUUAACACUUUUAUUAGGGCAACUUUUUAUUAAAGUUCCAUUAGCAUUGGCUAUCAAGGAGUACAGUCACACUGGUCCAUGUCCCUAUAAAAAUACCGUAAAUCUAAAACAUUAUCAUCGUUUCGAAAAUGGCACUUAUCGCUAUAGAGAUCUUAUGAUACCACCCGAAAAACAAUAUUAUUAUGAUUAUCAUUUAAAUUUUCAAAAAACUAAAAAAUCGGUACAGCGUCACGUCAGAGGUUGCGUUUGUGAUAAACGUCCAUGUGUGAAAUUGUGUUGUGAAGAUUGGGAGUAUUUCGAUUUCAGUCAAAAUAUGGGAAAAUGUAAAAAAUUAUCUCAAGACAUGAAAGUGUCUUGGGAUGUGGCUAUACAAUGUGAAAGUGCAAAAAUUGAAAAAGUAAACAUUUUUAAACAUUUUACUCCUCAAGUUGAUUUGCCUUGUCGAGAACCGGAGGAAUUGGAUUCUAUGCUGGAUAAAUGGAUGUUAUUUGAGAAUGGAACUCUAUUUGUAGCAUAUGGCAAUUCAUAUUACGAUACAUUACAAUAUUGCUAUUCACCACUCUUAAAUACAACUACUAUGGAGUACAUUUUAACACCCUAUACAUGUCCGGUUAAAAAUAUACCUUCCUGGAAGCAACGAGUUAUUUCAUAUGCCAUGGCAAUAUCGGUAUUAUUUUUGAUACCCACCAUAGUGGUGUAUAUAUCAUUAAAAGAAUUACGAGGUAAUUUACGCGGUAAACUAUUGAUCUGUUAUAUUCUAUCGCUGGCCAUUGGUUAUAUCAUUAUAGCUCUUAUAAAUAUUUCAGAGUUACAGUUUGAUAUAUACAGUUGCAAUAUUUUGGGUUAUACUUGCUAUUUUUUCCUAGUGGCUGCCUUUUUAUGGCUAAAUGUUUUAUGUUUUGACAUUUGGAAAAAUUUCAAAGAAACUUCAUAUUUAGAAUUGAAUUCUAAAAAGAGUGUAAAGGAAUUUAUUUUCUAUUCCCUAUAUGUGUGGCUGGGUGCUGGUUUCGCAACGGGCGUUUGUAUUUUUAUACAAUUAUCAAGAAGUGUGAAUGAACUCUAUAAGCCGGGCAUUGGUAAUCAAAAGUGUUGGUUAGAUACUCAAAGUUGGUCGGCUGCAAUUUACUUCUAUGGUCCCACUUUAGUGAUUUUACUAUUUAAUUUAGUUACUUUUCUUCAUUUAACUGCCCGGAUCUGUAAAAUCCGUUCCGAUAUUGCAAAUAUGACGCAUAGAGAAAAAUUCAUUGAAGAAAAUGCUAUUGUUAUUUUUCGUUUAUAUUUAAUAAUGGGUAUUUCCUGGCUCUUCGAUGUGAUAUCAUAUUGUCUACCAGAUACCGAAAAAUGGAUGAUUGCAUUUGCCAUCUCGGAUUUUCUUAAUGCAAUACAAGGUAUUUUAAUUUUUUCACUAUUUGUAUUAAAGGCAAAUGUUUUGGAUUUAUUGAGAAAAAGAUUUUGUAAGAAUCACAAGACCCAGACUCGCAGAAGUAUUUCAACAUCUACGACAAUUUUAUCAAAAUCACAAAAUUCUUGUUCCAGACAAGCAACAGUCAGGCAUUAGAUAUUCAAAGAAUGUUUUGUAUGUUUCGAAAAUGUUUGAAUUAUAUACCAAUAAAUAUGUGUGAUUAAUUAUUGUAAA